UUAAUUUAAUUUUGCCACGUUUGUUUAUUUUUAUAGUAGUAGUUUUUACUUUUUGUCGGCAACUAGGGUUCAACUUCUCAUCUUUGUAAGACAUACAUUUGAAUCGCAGGUAUUUCCCAGGCAGUGUCUGUUCAGUAAAAAGUUUACUUAGAAGUAAAGAAAAUGUAGAUUUUAUUAUUUCGCGUUAUUUUAAUUUAUUACACAUUAGAGAGACGUUAUCGUUAUAUCCAAGAUGUUUAAUUUAAAAAAUGAAUCCCUGUGGGACUUAAUCGGUACUUGAUUUCGUUCUGCUUGAAAUGAGUACUUCCAGUGGUUUGUGAUCGAGGCGAAUGACGUUUUCAGUCUAAAAUUGAUUAUCACCGGCCAAUAAUAAAUUUCGAACGAUUCUCAAAAGGAAGUUUGAAACAUCUGUGAUGGAACGAAAGGAAUAUCAACUGAAAAGGAAAAUCAAAGAUGUUGGAUAACGAAUAAAGUGGAAAGUUGUCCUUAAGCAGGGAUGGCUUCGGUAAGUGGAGCGCAGACCUCGAGGGCCUUGCACGACAUAAUACCGCAAUACCCGAAAUCAAAGAUCGCUGUUGUGGGGAGUGUCAGGCUCAAGUCUCUGGUGAGUGUCGGCAACCCCCAGAGCACUACUUCGAGGUUUCCGAAGCUGGAGGAAUGCGCUCACUUUCAUUACGAUCACGUGGAUUUACAGCCAAUUCAGCUUAAUAUAUGUGAAGAAGAUGCGAACCGAGGGGAAUUCGAAGGUAUCACCUUAUGCGUCAGGAGUGGUCAGGAUUCCUGGAAAAUACACAGGACCUAUUCCCAUUUCUGCAAGCUGGAUCAGCAACUCCACCAGUGUGUUUUCGAUAGGAAAUUCAGCAAUCUUCCUAUCCUUAGUGAACAAUCACCAAAAUCAGUCAAUGAUAGGAAUGUACUUUUGAAUAAUUACGUUCGUAGAUUGAGUGAUAUUGGAAGUGGUUGUGCUAUUAGUUGUGGUCCUGUUCUAAGUUGGUUUGAACUGGACAACAGAGGUCGCAGAAUUGUAGCCUCCGGUCAUGGCAUUAACACUCCUGCUGUCGCUGCAGCAUUUGCCACCACUCCUUAUACUGCACAUGCAACUGAUGAACUAUCAUUUCAAAUUGGAGAUAUGAUAUCAGUGAUAGAUAUGCCUCCUGCUGAAGAAAGCUCUUGGUGGAGAGGCAAACGGGGUUUCGUCGUAGGAUUUUUUCCUUCCAAUUGUGUAGCCGUUAUAACGGAUAAAAUUCCAAAUGAAAUCACUCUGGCUGAACCCAGUAAACCGGUGUUGAGGAAACAUGGCAAACUUAUUGCAUUCUUCCGUGCAUUCAUAUUGUCUAGGCCUUCGAGAAGGAGAUUGAAACAGUCUGGUAUUCUCAAAGAGAGGGUUUUUGGGUGCGAUCUUUCAGAACAUUUGCUCAAUUCUGGUCAUGAGAUUCCUCUGGUGCUGAAAUGCUGCUCUGAAUUUAUAGAAAACCAUGGCAUAGUAGAUGGUAUUUACCGAUUGUCUGGAGUUACGUCAAACAUCCAAAGACUGAGGUCAAUUUUUGAUGAGGAUAGAGUACCAGUUUUAACUGAAGAUUCUGGAAUAAAACAAGAUAUCCACGGUGUGGCUUCCUUGUUGAAAAUGUACUUUAGAGAGCUUCCAAAUCCUUUAUGCACCUAUCAACUCUAUGAUGAGUUUGUCGCCGCCGUUCAAUCACCCAGUGAGAAAAGAUUAGAAAAUAUGAAAAAAGUCGUUCAGAAGCUUCCACCGCCUCAUUACAGGACUCUUGAGUACUUGAUGGGCCAUUUGGGACGAGUUUGCAACCACAGCACUGGGACCGGCAUGACUGCACGGAAUGUUGCGAUUGUUUGGGCCCCUAAUCUUUUGAGAUGCAGAAGCUUAGAUCAAGGUGUUGCUGCUCUUCAAGGUGUGGGUGUGCAGGCUGUUGUAACGGAAUAUCUCAUCCUUUAUUCACCUCUUAUCUUCAAUAAUCAACCAGGGGAUUUGUCUUUACCGCGGCCCAAAUCAUUGGCUGUAUGUUCUCCAACCAAGCUGCUGACCCUCCAGGAGGCUCAGGCUCGUGGCCAGCACUCGCCGACGCAAGGGGUUGCGGAUAUGGAGAUAACAGGGGAGAAGUUGAAUGAAACAUCUUAUCACACUAUUAUUGAGCUUCCAAGGAAAAGACAACCAUUGAACUGGCGAACGAUUUUUACACCUCGACGUAACCACCAGACAAAGUCACCUAGAAGAUUUAAACGAAAAACUGUUAUGAAGUCUGCUGAAUUUCUAAGUGGUGGUGCAACAACCAGUAGUAGCACUCAACAAGUCUCCUGCCCACCGACUUCUACCCACAGCCGCUCGGUAUCUCACGAUUCUUAUUUCGACACAAUGGACCAUCCUUCAACUUCUUCUCUCAUUGAGACUCAACAUGAAGAGAAUUUUGUUUUAGGAUUGUCGUUAUCGUUGGAUUUGAGUGAACUUCAGAUGAAUUUCGAUAUUGAAGAAAGCGAAAUGAGAAUAUUUUCAGAGGAUGAAACGAACCAGCUUUUCAGCUCUGGUGCGAGUAUUGUGUUCGGAACAUUGGAAACUGAAUCUAAUCUAGAGCAGAGGUUUUCUAAUCAGGAGCUUCGCUACAUUGACAGCUAUUCACCCGAUCCAAUGGAAGGCGAAAGCCCUUCGGAAGAUAUCUUGACUCCUGGUUAUCAACCCCUGUUAACUCCUAACUCUUAUGACAAUCUUCGUGUCAACAAUGCCUGCGAUUGUAGCAUGACCUCUUCCAAAAAGUCUGAUAUCAGCCCUUAUUCGUAUGAAAAAUUGUCAGAAUCACCAAAUGUUGUACCUGAUGUUUUAUUACAAAAGAAAGAAAAUGAUUUGUAUGAGUCUUGCUCGGACAAUCCUCAUGUUUCUGUCAACGUUUACGAAAGUAUGGAAUUGGAACAGGAACCUUAUGAGCCUGUGACUAUGUCUGUCGAUAUACAUAAAGAAAAUGCUUAUGAGAAUGAUAGCGUGAAAAAUGACAGGGAUAUCGAAGUUGAUAACAAUAUAUAUGAAGAUGUUCAGUAUACACCUUCUGAAAUUUAUGAGCAAGUUUCAAAUUUUCGCAAUUCCGUUAAUGAAGUUAAUAAAUUGGUGAAAGAUACUAGUCCUCUAAAAGAAGAUAUUCCUCCCAUUUCUAAAGACACUCAGCUCUCUAAUUGCCAAGAUUUAAUGCUUUCAGAUGAACUUUAUGAAAAUACAAAAGCUGCUUGCAAAACACCAGUAGUUGCUGUUUCUAGUACUGAAGAAAUUCAAGCGCUUGAUUCUUGGUCGCGAGACCAAAUUUCAACACAGUUAGAGAAAAACAUUUCCAGCAAAAUGGAAUGUGAUGAUAAAAUCACACAAACGAUACUGACUAAAGAUUUUGAAGAGGAUGGAGUGAAAAGAUAUGAAAAUGACAAGCCUUUAGUUAGUGAAACGACAAAUUACAUUCAGUCAUCUAAAGUACAAACAAGCAAAUGCUUAGUAGAAGUACCUGAACGGGGGGAUAAAGAAACUGUGUUUGAUUCGUAUAAAGAAUCAAAAUAUGAGAAUGUUAGUUUUACUCUUAAUAGAAGCAAAGAUGAUUUUGUAGAGAAUUUAAUUAAUAUUAAUGAGAAAGUUAAAGAGAUAAAUGAAGAACCAAAUUUAAAUGAUAACUUUAUAUGUGAUACUAAUUUAAGUGAUUUUAGAAGUAUUGAAAGUGAUGAAAAUGUUGAAAAACCUUCUCCUAAAAAAGUAAAUGAUCUUAAGAGACAAUCAGUUGAUUUGAAUUUGGAGAUUGAACCGAUUAUGGAAAAAGUUAACUGCAGCGUUGUCUCUGAAGUAUUGAAAAGAGACUGUGUAGAAAAAAGUAAAGAUUCGUUACAAACGUCUGUACCAUUAGAGAGUAAUUUAUCUGGCAAAGACUGUGAUUUUGGAAAAACAGAAAAUAUAAGGAUGAUGUUUGAAGGAAAAGUACCUUUUGUCUCGAGCCCUCCUUCAGUCAAGGACAACAUAGCUAAACUAUCACCUCUUCCUUUACAAACCACCGUAAUUAGAGAAGAGUUCAAAGUUAAACAGACUUUUAAUGAUCCCGUUGCUGAAAAACAUUCUCCUGUUCAUUCAGUCAAAGAGGAAAUCAAAUCAAAACUGACCACAGAAGAGUCUGACGUCGAAAGAAGAGAGCGAAUAGAGAGAUACAAGGAAGAAAGGAGGAAUUUUUUCCGUAACAAAUACAAAACUGAUUCUAUCAAUAAUAACGAUGAAAGAGAUGAUGAGCUGAUACGGAGAAUAAAACAGAAGACAAAAUUAAAAGAAAUGCGAGAUUUAGAGACUGGAAUAGUGGAGAGACUUCCCCUCUCUCGAAAGACAGACAAUUUUAAUGAAUCAAAAAAAUCUCCCACAAAGACAACCGUUAGCAUUUCUUAUUCCCCGACAAAAGCGAAAGCUCCUUUAUCAUUAAGUGGAAGUUUACAUGAGCAAGAAGAAGAUCGUGAAAGAGUUAAAAGAAAGAAUGAUAAAAGCGAAUAAUUAGCAACAAAAUGAAGCUUUAAUGGAAGUGCUUAUCUUCUCAAAUAAUAUUCUUUUAUUUAGAUUAUAGCUAAUGUUCUCUAAAAACUAGCUACUUUACAAUAAGUGUGUUGCCUACGCUUCAAAAAAAUAGUCUUAAUAUAAUCCCAUCUGCUCACAUAAAUAGACCAAAAAUUAUAUUAACAAAUUACUAAAAUAAACAGAUAUUUAUUUACAAAAGAAAUCCAGUCUCUUAUGCAGAGUAUAGUAUAGUUUUUUGUGUAUAUAAAUAUAUUUCGAUUGUUUAUUCUUCUAUGACUCUUGUGUAAAUUAUCUUGUAAUAAAAUAUUUCUUGGUUGGCAAUGUGGUCAUCUCCAGUUGUGAUGCGGAAAUUCUUUUUUUUCUGUUUUUUCAAAUCAUUUAAUGAUUU